UGAAUCCGUACUGCGAGUCUCCAUCGAAACGGGCCGCUCGCCCUGUGCUCUCUCUCCCCAUCCUCCGACCUACUUAGGCCGCGUGCCUUCAUUUCCACCCAAGAGGAACCCAAGGACGAACUGCUGGCAGUUCACUCAACGUCCUGUCGUACUCUUGACUUCCUCCUGUCGCAUCGCCUCAUUUCACGCCCACGCCCAACGUCUCUCUAGGUCGGACCAGACCCGGUCCCGUAAACGAUCGUCCUUAGGACUCCAAGCAUCUCUGACAGAGCUUGAGAGUCGCGAGAACUUUGGUCGACGGUUACUACGUGCGUGUCUCCCACUCCUGGACGGUUAUAACGUUGGCACGAUCUUUAUUACUCUACUACACCCGCUGGGCGGCCUACUCCGUCUCUUUCGCCUUCAGCAGGACUGGAUUUUGGUAACGCAUCAAUCACGCCGGAUUUCCUAGAACAACCCCUGCUCGCAUACAACCCUAUAUAUCGGCAAUUGCAUGUCUCUUUCCCGCCGCCCCACCGUAGGACUGCCUUCCAACCCUCGCGCACGCUCGAGCAUCGCGAGCCAGGCGAGAUCAGACAUACCUUCACGUCCCCCGAGCUCUGCGAGCCAACGUCCUCCCCCUUCCCAAUAUAGUACUCCGCCGCCGCUCCCGUCGACGCCGCGUUCUCUUCGCCACCAGCGUUCGGCUGUAGCCCUACCCGCAAGACCAACAACUGGCUCCGUACGUUCUCGUUCGCUCGAUCGUAGGGCAGAGCAGCGCAAUGGGCCGUCUCGCGAGGUGGCGCCUCCACUUCCUAGCCUUCCUAGAGGUCCGAGAAUAGGCGCAGAUACACCCAGAGGCAGAGCACCUAUUCCUGCUGCAACGCACACCGCCAGCCGAUCUGAUGACUACGGCACAUAUCGCAGAAAUGAAGAUCCUCUGUCGGACUCCGCGUCUUCUUCCGGUGGUUCUGAAGGCUUCGUGGGGUCGCCCGCGUCUUCUAGGACGAGCAUGGAUGAGAUGGACAUGGAGGACAAGAUGGAGGGGAAGCUGCCUGCGGGCUUUGGGUCGUCGCUCUGGGGUAGUAUCGCUGGUGUAGCGGGCAACCUCACGAUCAGCGUGAGCAAGGCGUGGUCGAGCAAGGUCGCGAUUAUGAGCGGCGAAGAAACGCCAGUGGGAGGGGAAUCCCGCCUCACCCGCGCCAUGAAAGCCUACCACAUAGAGAAGGCGCGCGACCCCGCCGAUCUCCCCGACUGGCUUUUUGACGAGCGCGAGCGUGGGGUGCGCAGCUAUAAGACGACGGCGGGCGCGCCAGAACAGAAGCUCAACGCCGCCGAAGACACCCGCCCGUCCAACCUCUCACGCCCCAUAACGACAGUCAGACAAGACCAACCUCUUCCGCCCCCCAGAAUCGCACGCGGCCCCACCCUCGCGGACCGCAAGGCGGGCGCCCCGCCCUUAGAGUCGCGCGCCGGCAGCGAGGAGCACGUUACGAAGUCGAUGAACCGCCUGCGCGAGCUGCGUGACGCGAAACGGAGGGCGAAGGUGCGCUUCGACGGCGACGAGGACGAGGAGAUGAUUCCCGCCCCGCGGGAGCCUGCGCCGGCCGCGCGUCCGCCCGAGCCAUCUUUCCCGGUCCAGCCGCCGAGGAGACCGAGCGGCAAUAUGCCUGCUCCGCUGGGCGCUUCCCUCGGGGGUCGCGGACGGCAACCGUCGACACGGAUUGGCUUGCCAUCUGGUGUGCGCCCGGUCAGGGCCUGAGGAUAUCGAGAUAGGUCGGUACCGAAUGCCUGGUCGAGGGUUCCGCAGGGCUUACAGAGGCAAAUUUGCGCACUCGGCGGGGUUCAUGCUUGUUGGGAUCCCGAGCGCGCCAUCAUGAGAUUGCUCGCUGUGGUCCUGAUUGCGAUUACAGAUUUUGUGGGGGGGGGCUGUUCUGGUUUGUAAUGUGGAUCUGUUGGCCGUCGAUGUUCACGUUAGGUCUUAUGUAGGCUCAUCGUGCUCUUAGCUCUUUGUAGACAUUUACUCUGCGUACUUUGGGGGUUCUACUCGCUAGAAUGCACGAGGCGUGUGUGUAGGAAUCGGAUGAAUCAGUUGACGUUAUACACGGACGCUCAAAACGGAUGUCGCUGUAUUUCCGUCGCGUUGGGCUGCCCGGCGUUGUGGAACCGGACAGGUGCAGUUCCCUCCCGUCAAAGAACUGAUACGGCUUGUGAUUGUUGUCAGAGCUGCGCGCAAGUUCAUUGCCUC